AUGCGGUCAGAUCUGCUCAUGCCAAUUAAAGGAAAAAAGGUGAAGAACUUGAUUUUUGUUUUGUCGUGUUUGUUGACCCUCGGGUGCUGCGGCUUUCCUGGGCCAACCGGCUUUGAGGGUCUAGGCUGCGGGUGUUCUUACCUGGCGUUCCGUGGCGCUGCGCUGGUGGACUAUUUAAGCGCUCCCUUCACAGUCGUUCCCCCUUUUGGCUCACACGCUCUUCCGGGCCUCUCCUUGUGGCCGCUCUGUCCUCCAGCUCAGUGCCGCUGCUUGGCCGGUGCUCUGCCCCGCAUCAGUCCCUCGCUCCUCCGAAUCACGGGGCACCUAGGGCGCGCUUUCAUCUCCACUGAUAAGGUAAUGCACGCCCGAUACUCCUCCACUCAUUCAUCCGUGCCCAUACUCUUACCGGUGUCUCUCUUUAGCUCCACGGGUGAGCCGAGUGAGUCCCUCCCCAUUGCGCUUGGCUGUGCGCCGCCGUGUCCCUUAAACCGCGGCUGCAGCGUGUGCCGGUCCACGUUGUUUGGACCACGUCUGGACGCAGUUAUUCUGUGUAGAGUUGCCUUUGAUUCAGCCUGGGGAUUGCGCACUGUCACUUUCAACCACGGUGUCAGCGGGGGCCUGCAGCGGCGUGAGCACACCGCCUCUACUGUUUUGCUUUACGUUUGCUUUGUGUUUUGCUCGUUCUGUUUUGCUAUUUUGUUUUCUUUUACGUUUUGUUUUGUAUUUUCAAUAUCUUGUACCUGUUCUCCCACUGUAGUGUUUUACUGUUUGCCUAUUUUUAUGGAUGUAGCUACUUUUAAAUAACCUAAAACUGUCUUUUAAAAUGGAUGAAAAUAAAGAUUGUGUAAAUGAGGGAACCUGGCUCUCUCCCUCAAUGA